GUGGGUGAAACUUGACAUGACAUCAAACGGUGGAGUUGAAGAGAGGCCCACUCAGCCGCUUGGAGCUCACACCCUUAAAAAGCUGAGCCACACUUGAUCUCCAUCAGUGUGUUCAGUGUCGGCGGCCAAAGAUGAGCUUCCUCCUGCUCUUGCUCUUCAUCCCGCGACCAGAGGCGGCAGUCCUGAGUGGAGACAAUUGGGUGAUUCUGGAAGGUGGCAAAGAUCCAUGUGAAGGUUUCGUCAAAGUCUUCCACCAUAAUGAAUGGGGCUACGUUGGCGACAAAUUCUGGAGCAGGAGCACUGAAGAAGUGGUCUGCAGAAGCACCCUCUGCGGGCAACCAGUGGAGAACGCCACGGUGGAUGAGUUCCUCCCGGCAGGCGCCGUGGUCCGGCUGAACGAGGUGGAGUGUGUCGGGAGCGAGGCGGACCUGCUGCAGUGCAAAAAGCCUGGCUGGAACAUCAGCAAGUACAGGAAGAAGACUGUGAAGAAGAUGAAAUGCUCAGAAAAAAUCAAGCUGGAACUUGAGGGAUUCACAUGUGCAGGAGCUGUCAAGUAUUCCGGGAAGGAUGCGUCGGGUUACUUCUGCUCGGACAACUGGGGAGAAUUUCCGGCCAAUCUACUGUGUGAAGAGCUGAAUUGUGGCAAUUACAAAGAGAUUCCAAAGACAACGUGGAUGGUCCUGAAGGGGUUUGCUAGCGCAAGGAAGAUGUCGCUCAAGUGCCAUGGCACUGAAAAAAAUCUGUGGCAGUGUGCAGAGAAGGAGAAGCCCCGGUGCACGACCCCGGCCCUGGUCAUCUGCGCAGCUCACAAGAGGAUGCAGCUGAGAGGGAAUACAUCCAAUGUUUGUUCUGGCCGACUGGAAGAAGAAGAUAGGAAUUCCAAGUGGAAAGCGCUGCCGUUUAACAGGACAACACCGGAGCUGGGCAAGUGGUGCCAGGAAAUGAACUGCGGCGGUUUGAGUCCAAGCAUGGACGGCAACAGGACACACCUGACCUGCGCUGACCAAAUUCAAUUGGAGCUGUCGAAUGAGGACCCGAACGACAAGUGCUACGGUGAAGUUCGCGUUAGCUCUCAAGUGAACGGGAACACACUGCCUGUUUGUGCAUCCAACUGGAAAACCGAGAAUUCCCAACUGGUGUGCCGGGAACUGGGCUGUGGCACGGUGGUUCUUAAGCGUGACAAAGUGGGAAGAAACGUGGGAGGAAUCCUUGACAAUGUCAGGUGCACCGGUGAGGAGUCGUCCUUGUGGCACUGCAUGGCCGACCGAGCGGACAAGCCUUUCCUCUGCCGCGACACCCCAUAUGUGGUCUGUUCCAAGAGCGUCGACGUUCGACUUGUUGACAGCCCAAGCCGAUGCGCUGGCAGGGUUGAGAUCAAGUACGAAGGCAAAUGGAGGGCUGUCAGUACAGCAGCGUGGAAAACCACCAACAAUGAUAAAGUCUGCAACUUCCUAAGAUGUGGAAACGCAAUGAAAGCUCCCAGCCCCGAGAUCUUCGGUCAGGAUUCCGCUUACUUCAUGGAAAACGAAGUGACCUGCUCGGAAGAUGCCCAGCACAUAUCCCAGUGCAUUCAGCAAAAGCCGUACAAACUUGAAAAAGAUCCCAAAGCUGUUGGAAUCACCUGUGAAGGCCACCGGAUUUAUUUUGUGAAAGGUUCACAGUCAUGCGCGGGACUGGUGGGCAUAGAGCAGAACAAGAAAACCUUCUGGCUGUCUGGCUCAAACACCACCUGGACUGCGGACGUGGCAGAGAAGACUUGUGAGCAGAUGCACUGCGGACAUGUGGACAACCGACAUCCCGUCCCAAGACAUGAAUCAGACAGCGAUGCAGAAGUGGUGUCUGACGGCUGCAUGAACCCAAGCACGUCUCUUUUUGAAUGUGAGAAGGCCACGCUGCCUCCCGACCACAAUGACACCAUCGCCCACGUCAGGUGUUCAGACCGCAUUGUUGUGAACUUGACUGACGGCUGUUGGGGACAAGUCAGUGUUUGCAUUAAUGGAAAGUGUGGCGGCGUGUGGUCCAAAACUUGGACGCCCCUGAAGUCGGAAAUGCUGUGCAAAAUACUCGGUUGUGGGGAACGGACCUUGGAUCCUUUGAAGCUUCCAACUCGAGGGGUUUUGGCAUAUCAGAGCGUCCACGUGUCCUCGGUGACUGGCGUCUUCGACAGGCUAAACUUUAUCAAUUACAAACCUCAUGGAAGGACAAUGGAUGCACCCGCCUACGUGGUUUGCUCAGGCAGCGUGAAGCCCAAGUUGUUCUCGCAAGACAAGUGUCGUGGGAAUCUGAAGGUGCGCUACGACGGCCAGUGGCUCCCUGUUUGCAAAGAUGCGUUGAAAUCCCAGGACACCCAGGAUGCCAUCUGUGGAGAGCUGGGAUGUGGGGGCAGACUCAAGGUGCUGGACCAUUUCAGCCUGAAAUCCAAAGACAGCCAAGUGAUCUGGGAUAUCAGCUGUGCGGGAAAUGCCAAAGCAUUAAGCACAUGCACCAUAUCCAAGGACCAAAGGUCCUGUGACGUUGCCGCCAUCCAGUGCUCCAACUGGGGAAAGAUUGAGCUGCACAAGGGGACCAGCGAAGCUUGCAGUGGAGCUGUCUACGUCACAGACAAAGACAACGUCCUGAAGCCAGUUUCCUCCCACGGCUGGGGAGAUGCUGAAGGCCAGAGGCUCUGCGCUGAUCUGAACUGUGAAGGCUACAAAUCAAAGCGAAAGGUUGCAGCCAGUCCUUCAAACAACGUCAGAUUUAAUUGCAGCCAAAAAAAACCUCAAAGUAUCUGGGACUGUGAGCAACAAGGCGGUUCUCCGUCAGGAGAGCAGCUUUAUAUCACCUGUCAAGGACCCAAAGUCCACCUCUCUCAGACAUGUAGUGGCAGCGUGAAGAUCAAUGACGAUGACAUUUGUUCCACCAACUGGAAGCCGGAUUAUUCACACAUGGUCUGCCAGCAAAUGGACUGCAGCAAUGCAAUUGUUGUGCCGAACACCAGGCAAGGACAACGCGACAGGAAGUACCAGCAUGUCAGCUGUGGCGAGCAUGCGGAGAGGCUGGACCAGUGCGAUCGCAUCAAGGAGAAGUGUGAUGAUGCGCUGGUCAACGUCUACUGUGCCAAAAACGUGAAGUUCAGAGUUACUGAGUACUGCGGUGGCCAGAUUGAAGUCAACUACCAAAAUGUUUGGGAAAAGGUAUGUUCACGGACUCCGCUGAGCCCAACGCACAAGAACAGUUUGUGCAAGGUCAUUGGUUGCGGUGCCAACAAUGAAACUGCAGAGAGGAACGCAAACCUCCCACGGUCUGAAACCUCAAAGUUGAAAACACAGUUCACGUGCACAGACAGUCAUGAAGACAUCCACCACUGUGUCGCACCGGGUGACUGUGCAAACUCCCUCCCUGCGCAAGUUAUCUGCAAUGGGUAUAAGCCGACCCCUGCUCCGACAGUGCGCAUGGAAACUUGGAAGCUGGUCCUGAUCGGAGUCGCAGUGGUCCUGGUUGUGUGCUUCUUGGUUGCUGCCUUGGUUCUGGCGAUGACGGGAAAAUUUCCCAGUCUUUCAUUCAAGUUUCCUUACUCAGUGAAGAAGAAGAAGAAGGAGAAGAGUGUGGAGGAGAGCGAGAGUGACAGUGGAGACUACGACAACCUUGGCAGUAAAGCCAAUGAGAUGGUCAUAUUUGCUCAUGAGAACGAGGCGAGCAACGCAGGCAGUGCUACCUCCCUGCAGUACGAUGAUGUGGCAGACCAUGAGGAGAUCCAGCCUCUGACGGCCCAAGCCAAGACUGAUGUGCCGGAUGAGAACACUUCGGACGUCAAUCCAGGUCCAGAUGGCAACCGUGAGAAGGAUGAGUCUUCACUGGACUACGACGACAUCGAUGGAGCCCCUCCAGUGAACGAGACUCGGGCAGAGGUCCACACCAGCUCGGAGAGCAAAGCUGAGGGCACCAAGGACGGCGCCGCUGGACUGGCGCAGUGGGACGAUGACUAUCUUGUUCCAGGGCAAGAGUAGUCGGAUGAGGGUUCUGACUCCGACCAUUAUUGUUCUCAGGGAUCUUUUUUGGGGGGAUAGCUCCCAGCAAUUACAGCCGUGAAGACUGCCAUAUUAAAUCCAUUUGGAGGACUUUCAGGUCUCAACCUUGAACCUUUAACCUCAACCUUUUGUUUCUACGCUGCUGCGUUUGCUUCUCGUGCCGCCACUGUAAGAGCCAGCUGCUUGUUCCCUGCUUUUUCCAUCCAAACUCACAAUAAAUCACAAUAAAAU